AUGCCUAUUCCCUUCGACCAGUUUGAAGAGUUCUCUCUACCGGUCUCUUCGCCUCCAUCUCAUCCGACUCAACAGAUCGUCAUUCAUGUCGUCCGUGCUGGGUCCGGUCCUCCCAUGCUGCUCCUGCAUGGAUCUCCGGAGACGUCUUAUAUGUGGCAUCUAGUCGCACCGACUCUGGCCGACCACUUCAGUGUGGUUGUUUGUGAUCUGAGAGGAUAUGGAAAGAGCAGUAAACCUGAGGUCGACCCUGCGCAAGAUAAGCAGCACGAGCUCUACAGCAAGCGGGAGAUGGCGAGGGACAAUGUUGAGGUCAUGAAGCAACUCGGGUUUGAUAGCUUUUACGUUCUUGCCCACGAUCGUGGUGCACGCGUGACGCAUCGUAUGGUGUUGGAUUAUCCCGGCGUGGUCAAGAAGUUCAUCCUGCUCGACAUCGCGCCUACCCUCGCUAUGUAUGAAGGAACGAACAUGGCAUUCGCGACCGCAUACUACCACUGGUUCUUCUUCAUUCAGCCAGCUCCAUUUCCCGAGAUGCUCCUCUCCUCCUUCCCGGAGGCGCUCGUAUAUAAGUCCUUCGUCCGAGACGGACAUCCGACGCCUGAUCAUCCUAAUCUACAAAAGUACGACACAAAGGCGCUUGCUGAGUAUAUCGAAGCUGCCAAGACACCGGGGACGAUUCACGCUAUUUGCGAGGACUACCGCGCCAGUGCGGGGAUCGAUAUCGAGCGGGAUCGGGAGGAUCUAAGGAAAGGAACAAAAAUUGGAAGCCCGAUGAAGGUCUUUUGGGGUUCUAAAGGUAUUAUUGGCAAGAAUUGGGAUCCGAUCAUGGAGUGGACGAAAGUCUGCCAGGGGGGGAUAUUCAUAGGUGGAAGAGAGAUCGAUAGUGGGCACUUCAUCCCCGAAGAGCAACCGGGGGAGAUUAUUAAGGAAGCCAUGGAUUUCUUCAAAGAAUAGGU